CUUCUUGCCACAUGUUUCCACCCACACAAAUGUAGUUCGGCUUCCCAUUACACAGUCCUCUAAAUUACAGCGAUGGGGAGUGUUUUAGCAGCUAGCUCCCCGAGUCCCCCACCACCACCCUCUGCUGUUGCCAGUCCCGGUUUGACGCUGCCACCGGGUUUCGCGAUGCCGCCCGUGUCACCCGGAUCAGUUUCAGUUCAACCAGAAGCGGUGACGACCCCUCUGCCAAACCCGGGCGCAUUUGACGAGUGUCAUCGCAAGUGCAAAGAGAUUUUCCCGAUGCAGAUGGAGGGCGUCCGGUUAACCGUCAAUAAGGGCCUUAGCAACCAUUUUCAGGUGAACCACACCGUGUCGCUAAGCACCUUGGGCGAUUCUAGCUACAGAUUUGGUGCUACGUAUGUUGGACAAAAGCAGACCGGUCCAGCAGAGUUUUUUCCAGUCAUGGUGGGAGACAUGGACAACUCCGGGAGCCUUAAUGCGCAAAUCAUCCACCAGAUUAGCGAUAGCAUACGUUCCAAAAUGGCCUUUCAGACACAACAACACAAGUUCAUCAACUGGCAAGGCGAUGCCGAAUUCCGAGGGAAAGAUUUUACGGCGACGGUCACUUUUGGAAACCCGGAUGUCCUACUUGGUUCUGGUAUCGUUGUAACGCACUACCUCCAGGCGCUAACGCCUGCUCUAGCGCUAGGAGGCGAGCUGGUGUACCAUCGUAGGCCGUCAGAAGAGGGCGCUGUAAUGUCGUUAGUUGGCAGGUACACAGGUAACAACUACAUCGCGACGCUAACACUUGGCUCAGCAGGCGCUCACGCAUCCUACUACCACAAAGCUAACGAGCAGUUGCAAAUCGGCGUGGAGUUCGACGCUAGCACUCGCAUGCAAGAUACUAGCGUGUCGUUCGGCUAUCAGCUGGAUGUACCCAAAGCUAAUUUACAAUUUAAAGGUUCUUUAGACACGAAUUGGGUGGUCGGUGCAACUCUAGAAAAGAAGUUACUCCCUUUGCCUCUUUCAUUGGUUCUCUGCUCUUUCCUCAACCAUAACAAGAACAAGUUUCAGUGCGGUUUCGGCGUUACCAUCGGGUAAAAAGAUAAAUGCGCUCACACACCAUGCGACUAUUUAUAAUGUUAACUUUGAUAAAUUCAUGCUUUAACGGACCAUCAAGCCUUUUUAUGUUCUGUUCUUGUAAAAACUCUGAUUUAAGUGAGUUCACUUAAUUUUUUUUUUUUUUUUUUAAAGGAGUCUCACUCCAAUUGCCUUUUUUUUAUGUUGAAUACAUGUGACGAAGCAUAAAUUAAAUGUAUACCUCUUGCAAAGUGAAGCAGAAAUACAGUUUGUUAAAAAAAAAAAGAAGGAUCUUUUUUUUCAUUUUUUAAGCAGUAAAGAAGAUCAUUUUGGCAUAAAAAAGGCAGCUGCAUACACACUUGUAAUUUUCUUAAAGGGAACCACGGACGGAAAGAAUUGCAGUCCUGAAAAGAUAAAUCUUAGUUUUAAUAGUUAUAAUUAUUUGAUAUUCAAACCCCUCUUAAUGUUUGCGUUUUUAUAAAAUUUGAAAAUUAGUUUCACUCAUAGGUUGCCAUUGUUGUUGCCACGUCACUGGGCAGCGCUGCUGUAGUUUCACAGUGUUAGUCGUUAGCUACAUAAACAAGACGUCGGUUCUUUUCUUCACGAAAAUGGAGACUCAAAAAGGCUCCGUGACAGUAGGUUGAGAUCAAUUUAAAAGGAAAAGAAAAAAAGGAGGGAAAACCGCGGUAAGAGGCAGACAAAUGAAAGAAAACAAGGCAAUGAUGCAACUAGCAAAGAAGGGAUAUACAAACUGUCAAAUGGCAGCAAGUCAAUAUCUCGGCAAGCCGCCUAGGAUCGGUUUAAAGACACUGCUGAUGAGCUGGAAUUGGAUGCAGGUACGAUGUUGGGAACUGAUCCCACAUCUCUUAACAAAACAAUCUGACCAGCCACAGAAUGUGACAAAAUUAUGCCAGUCAUCAUACUAGCAUCGCUAUCUAGCUAGCACAGCUAUUCUCCCAGUCCACCCCAAUCAUAACCCCCAGCGUGAAUUGUGCGCAUAAAACAUGGCGCCCUCUGUCGGUCAAAUCGUACUUAAUGUCAUAGAUUUUUAAAUCAAUGGCAAUAAUAGUUGUGUUUCUAAUAACAUAUUUCAGUAAAAGAGAACAAUUGUGGCUUAUCAGAGCCUACAAGUCAAUAAGUCCGAGGUUCCCUUUAGAUAUAGCAACAUUUCAAUUAGGCUUGUGACGAUACAGUGAUCCCUCGUUCAUUCGCUGCCACCCUCCCACUUCAAAUGGAUUGGACGUCUAUUAGUGAUAAACUCUAGGCAGACGGUUGAAAGUAGCUUGUUUUUCUGUUCAUUAGUUGUUUUGAGUGCAUAUCCCAGAUUGAUCUUCGUGUCUUGAUAUUCGAUAAUCGUAUUGUGAGCUUCCCGCAGGUUCCCACCCCUAUUUCAAAAUGGUAAUUCAAUUUCACUACAGAUAGAAAAGAAAUGAUGUGUUCAGUUGUAUCAGUCUGUUGUUAUCUUACGCAUUGAAGUAUGGUCACAAGUCAUCACUUUUAACACAUGACUGAGUGACCUUUACCUCUCCCAAAUAAAAUUGGCAUUUAUUUCCCCCCAAAAAAGCAAAAAUGUUUUCGAUGUAGAUGACACAAAUCCAUAAAGCAACGUACUUUUGUAAAAAUGUACUGUAUUGGACUAUACUUUACAUUUCAAAAUGUAUAUUUUGACUAUUUUAAUAUAUGGUGUAUGAAAUACAUUUUUAAAGUAGAUUUUCAUACCGUGUGUUCAUUAUAAAAGUAAAACUAUAAGAUUAGCGUCAUACUGUCAUAUGCUACAACUGGAUUCAUUACCUUUUUACUAUUCAUCCUUCACACAGCUGCUGGAAACAGAAAUGUCGUUUAAUCCAUCUGCAGGCGACCAUGAUGAUUUUACAACACUGUGCGGUGUGUGCUGGUACUCACGGGAAACGCAGUCUUCCUUAAGGCAAAAACACUACCGCUUUUGUCCACUGGCGUCGCUAAAACCAACUAAAACUGAAAGUGUUGCUUUAAUCACUCAUCAGAUUAAUCGAAUAUGAAAAAAAUGCGUUAGUUGCAGCUCUAAUAUAUUUAUAUAUAUGUAUGUAUAUAUAUAUAUAUAUAUAUAUAUAUG